AUGUCAAUGAUGCAAUCCUUGGCAGUCUGGGAGAUGGAAAUUUCUGAGUAUGAGAGUAUAAGAAGGAGGAUAGUAGAGGAGAAUAAAAGGAAGAUGGAGGAACUUGGAUUUAGACCGGUGGCUUAUGAGAAAAUGAAUUUGAAGAAACCGGCUAAGCAAGUAAUUGCUAGCAAAAACGUAGAGCUUGAAAGGAUUACAGAUGAACAACAGUUGUCAAUGGCGACAAUGGCGAGCUUAAUAAAAUCACGUUCUCAAACUCGGAAAAGACUUUUGGAACAGAGUAAAGAGAAGAAUCAAUGUGAUGAGGGUGCAUUGAAAUUGAAACAACCUCUGACGAUCUCCGCACCACCUCUUCAAGAAGUGCCUCCUAAACAAGCCGAGGACAACUCUCACGGAAAGAACCAGGCUCGUAUGAAGAAAAGCCAAAAUAACAUGAUGGUUUUACCAGGAACACUUAGUGCUUUUCAUAGGUUGAGAGGGAAAGGUAUCGAAGAUGAACGAUUAUCUUUACCAGUCAAUAAUGUCAACCAGCCUGAGAGUUUACCACACCAAGGUGUAAGAGUCGAAUUAUUUGAAGAUGAUGAUGGAUAUGAAAUCAGGAGUUCACAUAAGCAGCAACAUUCGAAUGUUUAUGCUGUUGAAGAAAACAGUGAUCCUAUAGUUGCAGAAACUAAUGAACAGAUUCUCAUGCAAGAUCGUCACAUUGACCAGCCCGUGUUGGAGAAGAAAAGGCGAGCGAGAGGACCAACUAUGUGCAAAGACGUUCAUGCAUGGACAUUAGAUGAACGUAGACCCAUAUUUUUCAAUGUCAAAGGUCAGCCAAUUGGUCCUGAUCAAGAAACUUUAACAAAGUUUAGUAUGUUUUUGGGGUCUAUAUCUCGAGAUUCUACUCUUGCACCACUGAAUAAUGUUGACUGGCGCCAUGUUACCGGCAAGGAUAAGAUUUUUGAUUAUGUGAGAAGAAAUUCAUCAUCCCAGAGGAGCCCAUGGAAUAUGUGUUAUCUUCGGUUGGAGAUCUUUGGCGUAGUCAUAAAUGUAGAAUAAAGAAGAAACAUUACACCGGGUAUGAGAAUGACAAAGAAAGAUGGACGAAUAGGCCAAAGUCCUUUCAGGUUCACAUUUUAAAGAAUUGUUAGAAUAUUGGAAACUUGAUGAGGUUAACGAAUUAAGUAAACAAGGAGCACAGUGAAG